GUUGCGGUACUGUCAGCGAAUAUAGGAUCCUAAAAAAUUGAAAAUAUUUGUACAUUAUUUUCACCGAUAGACUGCAAAAAUAAAUAAAUAUACGUAUAAAAUGGAAACCAAAGUUGCAGUAGUAACUGGAAGCAAUAAAGGAAUAGGCUUUGAAAUCGUUAAAGGAUUGUGUCAGAAGUUUAAUGGUGUAGUGUACCUCACAGCUCGAAAUGAAGAAAGAGGGCGGCAAGCUAUUAGGAAGCUACGAGAGUUCGAGUUAAAUCCUUUAUUUCAUCUGCUGGAUGUAACAGAUGAAGAAAGUAUAAAAGAGUUCGCUUCCCAUAUUUCAAAACACCAUUCGGGUAUUGAUGUAUUCGUAAACAAUGCCGGCAUUCUGGACUUUGAUAAGUCUGUACCUUCCUAUGAAGACGCUAAGAAAUUAAUCGACACGAAUUUCAUGAGCUUAUUAACCAUAUCAAAAAUAUUAUACCCUCUACUGAAAAACGAUGCACGAAUUAUAAAUCUAAGUAGUGAUUGGGGUUUGUUAUCGAAUAUCAGGAAACAAGUGUGGUUAGAUACGCUCGUAAAGGAUGAUCUUACAGUGGAAGAAAUAUUGCAAUUUGUUAACGAUUUCUUAACUGCUGUGAAAGGUGGUAAAAAUACAUUUGUAUCGUUUGCGGGUCAGCAUGGCGAUUACAAAGUUUCAAAAGUGGCAUUGUCUGCGUUAACCUUUGUGCAACAGAGACAAUUUACUGAACAAGGGAAAGAUAUUUCAGUUAAUUGUGUUCACCCUGGGUUCAUUAAAACUGAUAUGACAAAAGGAAUGGGUGAUUUUGAACCUGAAAGAGGUGCACGAGCUCCACUUUAUUUGGCCCUAGAAGCACCUCAGUCACAGAAAGGCACAUUUGUGUGGCAUGAUUGUCAUCAAGUAAAUUGGGACGAUUGAACAAUCCAAUCAUAAGAUUGUUAGUCUUGCAAACAUGAUAAUCCUGUGAUAAGUGUCACACACACUUUAAAAAUUUGAAUAUAUAAUUUCCUUUCGUUAAAAGCAUUUUCAUUUAUCAACCUGAAAUGUUCAAUUAGAUUUUUUCUGUUGUUAUAAAUUAUACAGACGUGAAUUUACAAGAACAGGAGGAGGGGAAGUGGUCCAUCUAUGAAAUUAUUUAAUGUUUCAAAGAUGAAAUUAUUCAAAUUUUUGGUUUGUUGAGUAUGCUAAGUGAUUAAUGCUUUUUUAUUGUUUAUGACAAUUGAGCAUGCAAAGUUAUGGGCGGACAAUAAUUUCAGAGGCAAUGGUAUGUUGGUGCUUGCAAUGCCUAUCACAGCUAUAAAUUAAAAUUAGUAAAUAUAAAUUAAAAUUAGCAGCAAAAGUUUAGGGUAGCACCCAGCAUUAUUAACAAAAAUGCAAAAGUUGUGCCAGGAAUCAAAUGUAGCAUCAGCGAAAAAAAAAAAAAUUACAUAAAGUAAAAUUUGUGUCUUUAUUUAUACAUGCUAAAUAUUAAAGUUGCUAAAAUGCUAUAAAAUAUAUAGAUAAAAAUGCUAUUAAAGUC